CGCGCUGUCUGCGCGCACGCAGCCUUAUCGACAAGCGAUUAUAACCUGAAAAAACUCAAGUGAUACUGUGUUUAUAAAACUUUACUAGGAUUACAGUGAGAGAACUCAAACAUUAAAAAGAACAGUGCUGUGUUUAGUGCGUACGACGUGAAUGCAGUAACUCUACGUCCAUUAACUGUUUAUGGCCUGUGCAGUGCGACUAUUGUUGUGUGGAAGUCACUAAUCUCCUAUUCACCUGUCCACGCCAAAUGUGGUUAGACUGUGAAAUGUGACAAAAAAUUGCAAUGAUACAUCAUUGUUUGGUACCGACCCUCGGUUUGUAAACUUUGCGGGCGACUACCUGACUACUGGAGGGUUGAAAGCGUCGGCCGACCGAUCGGACAACCCGUCGCCUUAUGAUUUUUCCUGCGUGAUGUCUGACACCGGUGGAACAGCUGUAUCGAGGGCCUCUACACCUCGGCCAGCUACCGAAAACCUUGUCAAUCCACCUAUACGAUCCAGACAUGAUCAAUUCCUCGCAAGCUCUGCUGAAAGAGCCCAAAGACCUUCGUCCAGUGGUCGAAAUCCUAGUGGAAAUUUUGACUCACCUCCUUUGCCAUACCACCGACAGAUAACUACAGGCUCUCUACUAGCAGCGUCCCAUCGUGAAUCUUCUGCUUUCGUUCCUGUAGUUCCAACAAGAGCCAUGCAUCCAGUCAUGUAUCCUAAUGAAAUGCAUCCUCCAUUAUUACCUUCAGAAAUUAUAGAACGUGAGCGAAUCUUAGAAAGAGACAGAAGUGAAUCAGCCAAAGGUUCCCCAGAUAGGGCAUCGGCUAACUUUCAAAAAAGGAAUUCAUUUGAUUUAAUGGCUAUGAUGGUGGAAAAGAGAAAGGAGGUAGCUUUACGAGAAGCUGCAGCUGCUAUGUUGAUGCCUCACCACAGAACUUCAUCAAUAGAAGGAAUGAUAUCGGAUGGAUCAUCUCAACCUCCUAUUUACGGUCCUCCUGGCGCAUUUCUCGGAGCACCGGGUCCAUCGCCAACAGCCGCAAACAGUUUUACCUUCCCAGGAACAGGAUUAUUUCCUCCAGGGGCUGGCCCGCAUCAGAUGCAUCCACACCUAGACAGACGACUACUUAGAGCACCUGGUAGAGCAUCGAGACCGAAGAAGCAAUUCAUCUGUAAAUUUUGCAAUCGGCAAUUCACAAAGUCCUACAAUCUGCUUAUCCAUGAAAGAACUCAUACUGAUGAACGUCCCUACUCUUGUGAUAUUUGUGGCAAGGCAUUCAGAAGACAGGAUCAUUUGCGAGAUCAUAGGUACAUACAUUCAAAAGAGAAACCCUUUAAGUGCACAGAAUGUGGAAAAGGAUUCUGCCAGUCUCGGACUUUAGCCGUGCACAAGAUUCUUCAUAUGGAAGAGUCUCCUCACAAAUGUCCCGUCUGUAGUCGGAGCUUUAAUCAACGCUCGAAUCUCAAGACACACCUAUUAACUCAUACUGAUCAUAAACCUUAUGAAUGUAAUUCAUGUGGAAAGGUUUUCAGGAGGAACUGUGACUUGAGAAGACAUGCACUUACCCAUGCGGUUGGUGAUGUCCCAACAGGUGACGUUUUAGAUGUAGGUGAAGAAGAUAUAGGUAAACCCGGCUCACCUACAGAACCAGGUUUCGAAGACGAUGACCCUGAGUUGUCAUCUCCUGAACAUUCUCCAGUAAGAAGAGCACGUUCUUCUUCAAUUGAAAGUAUUGGAAGAGAAAAAAGUGAAGAAAGACCUCGCCCAAUAGAUAUAGGAGAGCCUUCACCAGUCGAACGCACGCAUUGCCACCAUAAUGAAGCUAGAGAUAGGGCAAGUCCUUAUACAAUGCGUCCACAGCAUCUAGAUAAACAUCGAAUGCUAUCGUCUGACAUGUAUGAGAAACGGCGAUUCACAACAGAUGAGAUUAUAGAAAAAGAAAUGCGCUAUGUUGACAUACCUGAACACCAAAUACGUCAUCCACAAUUACAGAUUCGUCGAGAUUUACACCAAGUUCCACCGCCUGAUCCUGCAAAAAUUAAUCAAAUGACUAGCUUAGCAAUAGAUCCUGGGCCUACAGGAAUGUAUUUGAGUCCAUUUAGGAAAAGAAGUCAUCCGCCUGAUAUUGGGGAAAAUGUUAGAACUUGUGCCGCUGUUUAUAGGAGUCGGUCACCCGAACCCACUAAUUUGACUAUGCCGAGACACGCGAUUGGUAGCAAUGAUGUUGUAAUUGGGAUACCACCGACUAUGAUAGCAAUACCACCGUAUCAUAAGUUUGGAUUGCCAUUGCCUCCGCCACAUACACAAAUUCCAUACGGUGCCGUUCAACAUUCUGUUCUAGGACCACAACAAACUGUCGCACAAGAUUUGAUCGUCAAACAUGCUCCACCGAAAGAUACAGCACCAAGCACUUCGACCAGUGUUACGAGUUGUAAAGAUGUCGCUCAAAACAAAAUGAAAGACAAUCUUGACAUAGACUCAAACUCUAUUGCUAAUGGGAUUAAAAAUAUUGUUGGUAUUCAGCCAAAAACAAAUCCCAAACCCGGGACGAGUCAAUCGAGUGGGCCGAAAAAAGGCUUUAGCAUAGAAGAUAUAAUGAGACGUUAAUUAUUCGUUUGAAGGAAUAAGUGAUAAAAUUUUAGAUUUAAUUGUAAAUAUACAUAAACAUAAUUUUAUUAUUAUUCCACGCUCUUGAUUUUAUAUGACAUUGACUCUGAGCUAAGCUCCAAGUAAAUUUUGUGGCAAACAAUAUUAUUUUGAGUUACUGUGAAGAUUGUGGUCACAUAACAAGUGUGUCAAGAUUUGAAUGUCAUAGGAAAUCAAGGCCCUGAUAGUUUUAAUUUUGAGAAGUAUUAUUAGAACGAAGUUUAAUAAGAGAGUUUUAAAGGAUUACUAGAGGUAUGAUUGUAAGUAUUUGUAACGCGGAUUUGGUUUUCGUAAAGAUCUCAUAAGAUUUGUUUGUGCAGUGUUUUGUUUACGUCCGAAAUUUUAAGAAACUAGAUUA